AUGGCCGCCGAUCACGACCAGCUGCCCGACAGCCGCAUCUCCUGCCCGUACACCCCUCUUAUUGAUGCCCACGUCCCGCCGGAGGAGGCCACGGGCAGGCGCCGGAGGCGGCGGCGGACUUCCGCGGUGGUCCUCCUCCUCAUGUCGGGGCUGCUGGGGGCCGCCCUGGUGUUCGGAAACGGAAUUUUUAGGAGUGAAGGGAUGAAGGGCUCGGGGCCGCUGGGGAUGAGGCGGCGGCCGCCGGAGAAGGUGGUUCCGGCCGGCCGUGGGGUGGCGGAGGGGGUGUCGCGUAAGUCGUUUUUCGGCGGGCUGCGGGGACCGCGGCCGUAUUCGUGGAGCGACUCGGCGUUGGCUUGGCAGAGAACCGCGUUUCAUUUCCAGCCGGAAAGCAAUUGGAUGAACGGCCCUGUUUUCUACAACGGUUGGUACCAUUUCUUCUACCAAUACAACCCAUACGACGCCGUCUGGGGCAUAAUCAUGUGGGGCCACGCCGUCUCCAAAGACCUAAUCCACUGGCGCCACCUCAGCAUCGCCUUGUCCCCCGACCAAUGGUACGACGUCAACGGCGUCUGGACGGGCUCCGCCACAAUCCUCGAAAACGGCCAGCUCAUCAUGCUCUACACCGGCUCCACCAACGAGUCAGUCCAGGUCCAAAACCUCGCCUACCCGGCCGACCCGUCCGACCCGCUCCUAGUCAACUGGGUCAAAUACCCGGGCAACCCGGUCCUCCUCCCCCCACCCAACACCGACCCCAAGGACUUCCGUGACCCCACCACCGCCUGGCUCACCCCGCACGGCAAGUGGCGCCUCACGAUUGGCUCCAAAAUCAACGACACGGGGAUGUCCCUGGUGUACGACACGGAGGAUUUCGUCUCCUUCGAGCUUCUGGAAGGCGUGUUGCACGCCGUCCCGGGCACGGGCAUGUGGGAGUGCGUGGAUUUUUACCCGGUCUCGAGGGUGGCCGAGAACGGGCUCGACACGUCCGAGAACGGCCCGGAGGUGAAGCACGCGGUCAAGACGAGCCUCGAUGAUGAUCGAAAUGACUAUUAUGCCCUCGGGAGUUACGACGCCGAGAACGGGACGUGGACACCCGACGAUCCCAGUAUUGAUGUUGGGAUCGGAUUGAGGUACGAUUACGGGAUAUUUUACGCGUCCAAGACUUUUUACGAUCAGGAGAAGAAGAGAAGGGUUCUUUGGGGAUGGAUUAAGGAGACGGACAGUGAAGCCGCCGAUUUACGAAAGGGCUGGGCUUCUCUUCAGGCAAUUCCGAGGACAGUUGUACUCGAUAGGAAAACCGGGAGCAACCUCAUACUGUGGCCGGUUGAAGAAGUAGAGAGAUUGAGACAGGACAAGAGGACUUACGAUAAGAUCGAGGCUAAACCUGGCUCGAUCCUGUCGCUUGACGUCAGAUACUCUUCUCAGCUAGAUAUUGUUGCCGAGUUUGAAGUAGAUGAAGAGGCCUUGGAGAGAAUAGAAGGCACCAAUAUGACUUACAGUUGCACCACCAGUGGUGGAGCUGCUCAGAGAGGGGCAUUAGGACCGUUUGGUCUAUUGGUACACGCGGAUAAGGACCAAAUUGAAAAGACUCCAAUCUAUUUCUAUAUCUCCAAGGACUUGCAAGGAAAUUUAACGACCUUCUUUUGUGCCGAUCAUUCAAGGUCAUCUGAAGCAACUGAUGUGGACAAAGCAAUCUACGGAAGUGUAGUGCCGGUACUGAAAGGCGAAAAACUAUCCGUGAGGAUACUAAUGAUUAUGGAGUACAUCGAAUUUUAA